AUGUCCGACAAGGAUUUCCCCUUACAAAAGAAUAUGCCUAUCAGUAGUUUACCAAAUGAUCAUCAAAAUGUACAAUAUUUAGAAGAUGGUACAAUUGAAGUCACUGAUACAUUAUCAAAAGAAGAAUAUUACAAAAGUUUACGCCGUCGUUGUACUACAGGCAAUAGUCAAAAUACAAGACAAUAUGGAUUAUCUAGUCAAUUGAGCCUAGAAACUUCUCAAUGUGGUACAUUACGUUCUGGAUUUGGUAAACGUAAAGGUACAUUGCAUGAUUUUAAACCGUCUGGAAAAGAAGAACUAUGUUAUAUUCUCAUGUUAGAAGGAGUAGAAAAAACAUAUACCAUAGAUAAAAAUGCUCAUGGGAUUCAUUUAUUUGAAAAAGUUUGUAAACAAUUAGAUUUACAAGAAACUGAAUAUUUUGGCUUGACAUAUCGAACUAGUUUACGUGUAGAUAAUUGGCUGAAACUUGAUAAACGUAUAGCUAAACAAUUAGAAAAAAUACCAUGGAAACUAGAAUUUCGUGUUCGAUUCUAUCCACCAAAUAUUGAUAUAUUCAAAGAUGAUUUAACGCGUUAUUUUUUGUGUUUACAAUUAAGGCAAGAUAUUAUCUCUGGACAGAUUCCAUGUUCACAUCAUACUUAUGUUGUUCUUGGUGCAUAUGUUGUUCAAUCAGAUGCUGGAGAUUAUGAUCCAAAUACACAUAUAGGAACAGAAUAUAUUGCCAAUAUUCCAUUUGCACCACAACAAUUACAAACUACAAAAAUGCUUCAACAAAUUGUUGAAUUACAUAAACUUCAUAAAGGACAAAGUUUAGUUCAGGCUGAUCGAGGAUUUUUGGAAAAUGCCAGACGACUUUCACUUUAUGGAGUUGAGUUUCACAGGGCAAAAACGAUUGCGGGCGAAAGUAUAUGCUUAGGUGUAUAUCAUGGUGGAAUAUUACUUUAUCAUGGGAUGUUAAGGGUUAAUCGGUUUUUGUGGCCUCAAAUUGUAAAAAUAUUGUACAAAUCAAAAAAUUUCAUUAUUGUCGUUAGAUCAAUGCAUAGUGAAACUUUGAGUAAACGUGGAACUCUAAGAAGAACAUUAUCACCUGGUGGUUUGAAAGUAUCUGAUAAAAAGUUCAAUGGUUCUGAGUCCAUUCAUGAUGUAACACUGACUUUUCAGUGUACAGAUCCCCGUUUGGCCAAAAGAUUAUGGGAUUCUUGUACUUCGCAACAUGCAUUUUUCCGUUUACGUGAUACACCAGGACCCCAAAGAUCUAAUCUUACAACAGCUUUUAGUACGCGAAAAUAUCAUUUUACAAGUAAAUCAUUCGAUGCAUAUUCAAGAGAACCUAGUUCAGAAUGGAUUCCACGACAACAGCCUCCAAUUAAGCGAGUACAAACUCAAAGAAAGCCGAUUCAGUACAAAUCUCCUUCAGCUAGUCCAUCAAAACAACAACAUCAAGUAUCUGGUAGUGUUGCACCAGUUGCUUAUGGAGAAGAACCUGAUCAGUAUUAUUUGAUGCCUGGGACACCUUCUCCUUUACCAGCUAAUUCAGUAAAUGUUGAUGUUUUGCAAAAUUUACCACCAUCUUACCGUAAACCAGGUCCAAUUCGAGUACCUUUACCAGAAGAUCACUGGCAAAUGUCAGCAGCUGAUUGUACACAAGGAUUAGGAAGAAAUAUUGAUGGAACAGACAUAGCAGCAAUGCCAGAAACAGAAUGGCAAGGUUGCCGUACAAAUUGGGGUUUAAAAGGUCCAGGAGCUUAUUACUACGAAACAUGUAUGCUUGAAGAAGGUCAAGUACGUUUAGGUUGGUCAACAAAUGAUGCUAGCCUAAUUCUCGGGACAGAUUCCAAAGGCUUUGGUUAUGGAGCUGAUAAAACAGGUAUUGGAUCAGCUGAUAAUCCUCAUCCAGUUGGCAAAUUUAUCUACGCAAAUAAUUCAAUUGAUUACGGAAUGCCAAUCGUACCAGGAGAUGUAGUUGGAUGUUAUUUAGAAUUAAAUCCGAGUGCUGAUAAAGAUCAUCGACGAAUCGAUAUACACUAUAGUUACAAUGGCCAAUUAUUAGAAACUCCAAACUUUAAACUUGUUGAAACAUUAACUCCAGAUAUAGCACUCUUCCCUGCCGUAUCACUUAAAAAUGCCAGAGUUGAAGUAAACUUUGGUGACAAGCCAUUUAAUUUUCCACCUAAAACUACCCCUUCGACUAAUAAACAUUGGGUAGCAGUAUCAUACGCCCCCGAUUCUUCAAUUGUAUGUAAUCGGAAUGUUGGUUGGCGGGUGAACCCAAAUGAUGUAACAUCAAGUACAAAUUUAUUAGUUUCACCUAAUGGUCGAUUUGUACAAGCUGUAGAAAAUACCGGAUGGCAAGGCUUUAGAGUGAACAAAGGAAUAUUUGGUGAUAGAGCUUAUUACUAUGAAGUGAGAAUUGUUGAAGACUCUGGAUUAGCACGUAUUGGUUGGUCAUUUGAAAAUGGAUCAUUAGAUCUUGGUAUAGAUUGUUUUGGUUUUGGAUAUGGAGCUGAUCGAGAUGGUUUUGGUAUAAAUGGAUCACAAGGGAAAAAACUUCAUAGUGAUAUCAUUGAAAAUUAUGGUGAAGCCUUCCGUAAAGAUGAUGUAAUUGGUUGUUUUCUUGAUCUGAGUAACGGAAUAAUACAAUGGUCAAAAAAUAAUCGCUUAUUUGGUCCUGCUUAUGAAAUUGACAAAAAAUUAUUAAAAAACAAUGAACCAAUUUAUCCUGCAGCUUCUUUGGUCGAUACUACUUUAGAAUUAAAUUAUGGUGACUUACCAUUUAAAUAUCCACCAGAAGACGAUUGGACUCCAUUAUUUGCAGCUUCAGACGAAUAUGUAUUCGAAUCACCAAAAUGGCCUAGUUCUAAUACGGUCAAACACGACAGUCACUCAAGAAAACAUUUAGUUACUCAUAAUACAAAGACAGAAGUAUAUACUGAAGAUCAGAAAGAAAUCAGUCUAAAUUCAGUCAGUGACACAUAUGGUCAUUCUACAAUAAUAAAUAAUAAUCUUGGCAGUGAUAACAACAAUGUAAAAAGUAGCAGCCCAAGUAAACUAGAAGAUAUUCCUGUAGAAUCAAUACGUAUAGAAUCCCCUUCAUCAAGCGAUCAGCAAGAAGAUGAAGUAAGAAUGUUUCUGGAAACUUGUGAACCAAUUACUGAAAGUCAUUUUGAUGCCUUAUAUAACACUUAUACAAAUCAUCCGUCUACGGAGCGAUCUGAAUCACAAAUGAAAACAAAACCCAAUGGAACAUAUCACCGUAAUCCUAUAUCAAAUUUUCACGCUGAUAUUAUUACUCCUACAUGCGUCGAUUCUGAAUUUCAUCCAAGUUCCACAACGUUGAUAGACUCUGAUCUUGCACUAGAACAAGCCAUUCUACAGACUACACAUUUAAAUCCACAUACGGCAGUCCUAACGAACACAUUGGAUUCAUAUACAAAUAAUAAUAAAAGUAAUCAUAAAUAA